AAAUGCUAUUACAAAAUAAAAAAUUUAAGGAUGAUGCCGCCGUGAUAAUUGGAAAAUAUUAGAGAAAAGCUAGUCUUGAUAACAACUUUGGAAGCUGCUGGGAGCUGAUGAAAUUUGAAGUUCGUAAGUUAGCUAUAAAACUAGGGAAGAAAAUAGCCAAAGACAAGAGAGAGGAAGAAUCCAGAGUUAUCACUAGAAUAAUAAAGUUAUCAGAGAAAGUUAGUUUAACUGGAUGUGAAUUUACAGAACUUCUUUACAACUUAAAUUGGACAAGAUGUAUGAAGACAAAGCUAAAUGGGCCUUUGUCAGAUCUAGGAGGAAAUGGCUUGAAAAAGGGGAAAAAUGCACUAAAUAUUUCUUUAAUCUAGAAAAAAUUAACUUUGAAGUAUCAUCCUUAAGUAAAUUGAAAAUCAAUGAUGUUGUCUGUGAUGAUAAAAUCCAGAUAUCAAAAUACGUUGCUGAUUUCUAUCAAAGAUUGUACUUACGACGAGUUUCUUUCAAAAGCAAAAUUUCCUGUCUCCCCUAAGGAGUAUGCUAUUGUUUUUGAUGCUGUGCCAAGAAAUAUCAUUCAGAUUUUAAAAUAUAACUCAGCUGUUGUAACUGGCAGUUAUUUGACUACACAAGAAAUCUUUCUUGGCGACAUUGACAUCACUUCCAAAAAAAUUAAAUAACUACCUAAAACAAAUACAUUAGGAAUCUAAUGCACACUAAAACACUUCCUGCAGCAAGAUCCUUUUGGGCUUCUCAGUUUGAAGAAAUCAAAUGGGAAAGAAUGUGGUUAAUUGGGGAAAAGUUCCUCUUAAAUAAUAAAAUAAAGGAGGUGUCUUAUAAAAUUGUACAUAGAAUAUACCCAGCAAAGAAAACUUUAGAGAGAUUUAAAAUUGACAUUGAAUAUUCCUGUACCUUUUGUGGUAUUAUGAUGAAACAAUUUGUCAUCUGUUUUUUUGAUUGUAUAUAUAGUAAGAUAUUUUGGAGAGAUGUUGAAAACUAUAUAAGACGUAAAACUGAACAAACUUUAACAUUGAGGGGAAAAGAUGUUUAUUUACUUUGAAGAUGGUGGAACAGAUAAGGAUUUUUCUUUUUUUGUCCAAUUGUUUUUAGUCUUGAACACCUUUUAGCAGAGCUAAAACAAUCUCACACCACUGUAAGAGGUCUUAAAAAUAGAAAGGCUAUUAAGAUCGAUCUUGUACUCUCUAAAUGUUUAAUUUGCAUCCUUUUAUGUAAUUUGGUCUUGUUUUAUUUUUAUUUCUAUUUUAUUUUGUUGUUAUUGUUUGUCUUGUAUGUCUGUUUUAGUAGUGUAUUUUGUGUAUCAACCCUGGCAUAAACAGAUGUUGUUGUAUUGUAUUGUUAAUACUGAAUAAAAAAAAAGUGGGCUUUGCUGUGUGUUUCUAAAUCAUGCAAUCUAAAUGAUCCCCCUUACCUAACCCCACCCCUAAACCUAAUGUCACUAUGACGUCAACCAAUCAGGUAUCAUGGUGUAAAAACACCCUUAUCUGGUAACUCCCAUUACUUUCCCGCAGAGACCUAUACUUGAAAGGAAAAAGAAACGAGGAUGCACAAAUAAGAAUUGAGAAGCACCCCUGCAGUCUGCAGACAGAGCCUUCUCCUCUUGGAGAACACUUCUUUAUAAAGCAUAUUUUAUUUUAGAUGGACUAGAAAUAAUUUUUAAUUUAUAAAGUUUUAUUUUUAAAUGUAAGUCAGUAACAAUUGGCUGAAGCAAAUUUAUUUUUCAAAAGGAGACCCUACCCCAUUUUGGAGAUCUGCAGUUAUACACACUUGGAAGAAUGGGUAAUCACUGGCACAAGCGUCGUAAAACCGGAGGGAAAAGAAAGCCCUAUCAUAAGAAAAGAAAAUAUGAACUGGGUCGCCCUCCUGCCAACACAAAGAUCGGCCCCCCUCGUAUUCACACAGUGCGCGUGAGGAGAGGCAAUAAGAAAUACCGCGCGCUGAGACUGGACAGGGGGAACUUUGCCUGGGGCUCUGAAUGUUGCACUCGCAAAACCAGGAUCAUUGACAUUGUGUACAAUGCCUCUAACAAUGAGCUUGUGAGGACCAAGACCCUGGUGAAGAACUGCAUUGUUCUGGUAGACAGUACACCGUUCAGGCAGUGGUAUGAAGCCCACUACGCCAUUCCACUGGGCCGCAAGAAAGGGGCAAAGCUGACUCCAGAAGAGGAGGAGAUCUUGAACAAGAAACGGUCAAAGAAGGUUCAGAAGAAGAUUGAUGGACGCAGGAAGAAGAGCAAGAUUAGCAGUUGGCUGGAGGAGCAGUUCCUGCAGGGCAAGUUUCUUGCCUGUAUUGCGUCCAGGCCUGGUCAGUGUGGCAGAGCAGACGGAUACAUCUUGGAAGGGAAAGAGCUGGAGUUCUACCUCCGAAAGAUCAGAGCCAAGAAAGGCAAAUAGACAACUGAAUGCAGCGUUUUAUACUCAAGUACCUAUUACAGUCCUGGCAAACUUUCAUUGUGGCUGGUAAGGGGGGCGAUCCCUCUACAUUCAUCAGGAACUGCAAAUUAUUAACAUAAAGUAUAGUUGUAAUCUCCAAUGGAUAACAUGUAUGUGAUUACAAAGUUACCCACAAGGAACUAUUUUCCAGCUUCUAACUUAUAAUAUUUCUAAUUUGGCAGGCCCAGUAAUACCAUAGAAAAUUUGGAAGUCCUAAGCCCCCUUUCCGACAUGAUUUCAUUAAAGUAGACAACUUAAUUCGGGGAGUCUUAUUGUUCCAUAUAAACUUUUUUAAAAAAAACAUAAAUAAACUUAGGGAGUAUACUCAUUUUAAUAACACUGAUUUUCCCGAUAAGAGAUAGUAGGAGAACAGACCAAGUCUGAAGUUUUUUUUUACAAUUCUCCAGUAAAGAGUUAUAGUUGUUCUUAAAUAAUUUAUCCAAAACGAGUGUCACUUGUAUUCCCAAAUAUUUAAAACCAUAUGCGGACCAAGAGAUACGACAUUCUUUUCUAACAUUUUCUUCAUUUGAAAUAUUAACAGGGCAAGCAAUUGAUUUUUGUAAGUUAGCCUUAUACCCUGAAAUCCUAGAAAAUCUUUGAAUAUCUGCCAAAACAUGGGGCAAAGUUAACAUAGUUUCAGUGACAAAAAGUAAAGUAUCAUCCGCAUAUAGUGAAAUUUUGUGAUAUUGUGUACCUGUAGUCACUCCCUUUAUCAUAGGAUUAUUUCGAAUCAACUCAGCAAACGGUUCUAAAGCAAUAACAAAUAAUAAUGGAGAGAGAGGGCAACCUUGUCUGGUACCUCUUCCUAAAUACAUUAAGGGAGAUUUCACAUUAUUAUUGCAAACAGUUGCAUUUGGAGUAGCAUAUAUUGUUUGAAUCCAUUGAAUAAAAUUAUGACCUAAUUUGAAUUUAUCUAGUACUAAAAACAAAAAAUCCCAUUCUAAGCGAUCAAACGCCUUCUCGUCAUCGAGGGAUAUUAAUAGUGAAAGUGUUUUUUACUGAUUCAAAUAGUGAAUAUUAUUAAAUAGCCGUCUAGUAUUGUCAGAUGAAUGACAGCCUUUAAUAAACCCAGUUUGGUCUAACUAUUAAAUUAGGGAGAUUUUUUUCUAAUCUCUUUGCUAACAGUUUUGUGAUAAUUUUAUAAUCACUGUUAAGUAGACUUAUAUGAUGCACAACUCUGAGGAUCUUUCCCUUCUUUCAAAAUAACAGAGAUUCUAGUUGGGUCAGUUAGAAUAUUUUGAAGCAUCGAAAAUACAUUUUGGUCCAAAAAUAGCAAAAACUACGACUUUAUUCAGCAUUGUCUUCUCUUCUGUGUCUGUUGUGAGAGAGUUCGAAACAAAGCAGUUUGUGAUAUCCGGUUCGCGAACGAAUAAUUCGAUGUAACCAGAUCUUUUUGAAACAGUUCACCAAAUCGAACUGAAUCGUUUUAAACGGUUCGCGUCUCCAAUAUGCAUUAAUCUGCAAAUGACUUAAGCUCUUAACUUUUUUAAUGUGGCUGAUGCUCCCUCUGAGUUAGAACAAACCAAUAUCCCGGAGUAAAUCAUUUACUCAAACAGUACAUUGACUGAACAUCUGUGAAGAGAGAACUGAAGAUGAACACCGAGCCGAGACAGAUAAUGACUCGUUACGUCAUAUGACGCGUUCUCUGAGAAACCCGGUUUCUUGGAGCGUACUGUAGCUUAGAAUAGGUACACUUUUUUCUUAAUUUCUGCCCGUGGAUGUUGUAAAACAUAUGUAUUCUUAUGUAUGUCUUUUUAAAUUAAAAUCUUCAUACAAAAAUCCGUAUAAAUUUAGUUAUACAAUUAAAUUGAAAGAUGUCCUUUAAACUGUGUUCCCAAGAUAAAUGGAGGUACUGGUUUGGAACGACAUGAGGGUGAGUUAUUAAUGACAUAAUUAUGAUUUUUGGGUGAACUAUCCCUUUUAAGUACUAUCUAAAAGCAAGUAAGCUGGUUAAACUAAUAUCAAAUAAAAAAAUAAAAUAAAAAAAACUAUGAAUUUAAGCUUUAAAAUAGCUCUUAAGUUAUUUGCAUUUUUAAAACAUACAGAUUUAAAGUACACCUAGCAAACAUAAGCACAUAAAUUUAAAAUAAGUUAAAUGAAGAAAAUACAUCUUUGAGACGAAAACACACAAGCUUAUCUUAUACGGUUACAUUUGUUUUACCUUUUUUUAUUAAUACACUUAUAACUUAAAUAACCUUAUUCAAAACUCAAAGGCACCCACACAACUGUACAAAAUUAACAUAUUAUAAACAAAUAAAGAAAACUCUAUAUCCUUAACAAUAAUUAAAUCCUUUUACUUAAUAUAUAUAAAACAGUGCUUACCCAAGUCAUGAUACUGUCGGGAAAAAAAGCCACCGAAUUUAAAGACUUCUCGAAGACGAAGCAGGAGAGGUUGAACUGGCCAUUUUGGAGCCACCUAAGCAGCUGUACAGAAGCACAUAUUGUGAACAAAUACCAUUCAGAUCUUAUUGUUAAUUAUUCUCAUAGCCUGCACAUUACCUGCCAGAGCGAUUGCACUGUCGAGAAAAAAAAAACCUCGCACUCGUCUGACCCUUCUCAGGCAACUCGAAGGCGAAGCAGGAAAACUGAAAUAACUAACUUGCUGCAACCUACACCGUUGUAAAGAUGUGCAUAUUGUGAACAAAUUUCAUUCAAAUCAUGGCUUGAAUUGAUACACAAAGAACCACCGCUUUCCGGAGUGAUAACAAUGAAGGACCAACGUUAACUGGGCGCCACCUGAGGCAACUCUAAAACGGCGUACAAAAGCACAUAUUUUGAACAAACACAUUUCAACUCUUAUGGAAAAUAUUAUAUAGAGAACAGCACCUAGCGGAGAGAUUAACUUACACUGUCAGGCAGAAAAAAUAGGCGAUGUCUGACCUGAGGCAAUAAUAAGACCAGGCGGAAAAAUUGAAUUGACUAACUUGCCGCCACCUAUGUUCUACAAAAGCGCAUGUUGUGAACAUACUUCAUUUAAAUCAUAUCAUGAAUUGGUACACAUAGAACUUCACUUACCAGAGCGAUCACAAUGAGGGAAUAAACAGGAAACCUUCCGCUUAAGGAAACUCGAAAAUGAAACAGGAGAAAUUAAAAUGGCAUUGCAAAACGAUCGAACUGCGCAUGCUCAUCAGCCUUUGUGGGCAAUACUAAUAACCAACUUAAAGUUGUUAAUUGUUCUAACUUGAAAUAUUAAUUUGGUGUAACAAAUUGAUCUAAAUUUUUAUUUAACUUACAUUUCUGUGUUAUCUCAACUUUUUUAAUGUUAAAUUGUUGAAUUAACUUUAAAAACUGAGUUUGUAAUACAAACUGUAAGUUGGAUUUUUUACAGUGCAGGGUCCUCCACGUAAAUUACCCCCUGUUCCCAUUGAGUUGUAAAAUCACCCAGGCUUGGGACCUGUCUCCAUUUCGGUGGAGGUUUGUCUUGGUCUGAUGUAUUUAAAGGACUGCAGCAAAAGGAUCAGGGCUUUCUGUAGCCAGAUUGAGCCCAUAGCAUGAAGUGUGUUCACACACUUCAUACUGUGUAUUUUUCUAAAAGUCAGGUAUGCAUGAAUUUGAUAGCCUAUGAUUUGGCUAUGUAAUUGGCAUAACUUACCUGACUAGACUUCGGUAUUCGGUAUUCGGACUUCCGGUAUUCGUUAAUGUGAUAUAUUACGGUAAUGAAUAUGCACGAUAUUGUUAUUGUGGGCACUUAUAAAUACCGCAAAUAAUUAUAUUUUACAAAUUAUUCAGAAUUUGAAAUGCAUUUUAAGAAAACUAUUCCAAUCAACUGGUCAAAAUGCACAACACCACUGCAUGCAGCUUGAAAGACGCGUGUGCGCUCUGAUGUAAACAAGAACGCAUGAGAAGCACAUGGAGGAACACAUGAGAGACACGCUGAAUGAAAGCACAUUCACUCUCUGACAGUAGAUGGCGCUAAACUGCAGAGAAUGCAGUCCUUACCCUGGAAACCCCAUAUAUAAACCAGCUGCACUACUUUCUAAAACAUAUUUAAAUAAUUUUAAAUAUGCAUUCAGAUUUGUGUAUUUGCUAUGAUAUUCAUCUUACCUAUUGGUCUUUAUAGUUCUUUUGCACUUUAAUCUGUGCAAAACAUUUAACUUUAUAUAUAUUUCUGAAUUGCUUUAUUUUAUUAAAAUGUUCAGUUAUUUUUUGUUAGAAAAAGUUAUUUAACCUAUUAUACUUAUAUUUACUAUAUACUAUACUAUAUUCUGAGCACUUUUUAAAACUAAAUUGCAAUACGUGUGAAAACGUACGGCACACGUAGAAGAGCGGUCGUCGUGGGGCACCCUGAGCGACAUAGAUUCCUAAUGAACGAGUAAAAUAAAGUAAAGAGUUAAAUUAGAAUAAUCAAAUGGCAGAAGAAUAACAAUAGUAAUUAGAGACCGACAAACAACCAAUUUGCCUUUCAACCUAAAUUAGAGGUCAUACUAAAAUGGAGUCAGAUUAGAUAAUAAAAAGGCAGUCAGAUUAGAUAAUAAAAUGGAGUUUAACCUAAAUUGAAUAACUCUACACGGUGAAAGACAGAGCACGCAGGAAACCUUCAUCCAGCACCAGAUACCUUUCCUUGGGCCAAGUGCCUGGACCUUACACCCUCGUGCUGCCAAUAUGACUGAUUAUUGUCAGUGCUUCAUAAUUCGCACACUAUGAUUUUAACACACCCAUUAUCAAUUUUAUUUGUUGUAGCUGUGUUGCUUACAUCAAACCAAUGUUUUUACAGUUCCAUGAUUUUUAAUUGUAAUAGUAGCAAACUCAUUAACAGUGGUCAGGUGUUAAUUUGAACUUUAACCUUCAAAGUCUGGCAGGACUAAGUUGAAUGCUUAAUGGUGGCUUAAUGCUUAAAGUUGCUUAAUAAACCAGUAGACAAUGCACUUACAGAACAGAAUGUUAUUUUAACAAAAUAAAUAGUUAUACACAGCAGCAAGCCACCUGUACAUAAAAAAACAACAACAUAAAACAUUUAGUAUAUCUUCAGGAUUCAUGAUCAUAAACAUCUCAUGUUUGGUGUCAUUUUAAAGGUCUGUCUAUCAAUCAAUCAAUCAAUCAAUCAAUCAAUCAAUCAAAACAAAACAAAACCCUGGAGUCAUGAGAACCUAACACACCAAAAGGUCUUUAUGUUUUUACAACUGAUUUGAACAUUUAUUUCCAGUCUGUGAGAGUCUCUGGAGCUCUGCACCAGAACUCUCGCUGCUGUGUGUCUCACUGCUGUAAGGUAUGAUUCAUAAAUGUAACUGUGUUAAAACACAUUGUAUCCAUAUAGCACUAUAUAGUUGUUUGCUACUACAUGUGCACAUAAGCUAGUUUAUUCUCUAAACCACCUGAGUGCUUUGCUAUGCAUUUUAGACCAUGUGUCUUAUAUUAGGAUAACUGUUACAUGUGUGACUGUUAAAUUUGUUUGUCUCCUGUGUGGAACUCUUGGCUGUUUUCCCAUAUGGCUACAGUGUCUAUGUACAGGAGCGGAUUGCCACCAGCUACAAUGUAAUUCACAAUUGCAUUAUUUUUUAUAAAUGAGCUUAUAAUUGUAAAUACUACUAAUAAAAUAUUAUAUGUUAUAUUUCUACAACUAAUAAAAUGUUAUAUGUGA